UAUCAGAAUGUCACAGCCUGUAACACUUUCCCAUUUUGCUUGCAGGGAUAAGACACUGUCUUAAAAAUGUCAAAACAGCCAGCGUCACAUGUCAAAGCCAUUCAGGCUAAUAUUAACAUCCCCAUGGGAGCUUUUAGACCUGGUGCAGGACACCCUCAUAAAAGAAAAGAAGUAACACCUGAAGAAGUGGAGGAGAGUGUACCUGCUACAGAAGAGGAGAAAGACAAGAAGCAUCUCCCAGGAGCUAUAAAACUUCCAGGUCCUGCUGUCAACUUGUCAGAGAUUCAGAACAUAAAGAGUGAGCUGAAAUUUGUCCCCAAAGCUGAGCAGUAGUUGGAAGAAGCAGGUCUGAAAAGAAACCAAACGGAUUCCAUGAAUGGAUAUCAUCUGAAAUGUUUUAUAUAUUUUUAUGAAGACUGAACUUCCUAAUUCUGCAACACUCCAUGGGAAACAUCUUCUUUGUACAUUUAUAUCAACACUUUCUUCUUGUCCAUUUUGCUUAACACAGAAAAGUACUGAUGAAAUAAGAGAGCACAGAAAUUAAUGAGAAAUAUGUAUAUAUUCGGGAAUGACUUAAUCUGAGAUCAGGGAAUAGAAUAUUUAGAAGUUUGAGGAAAAGUGGUAUAAAUGCUUUAUUAAAGAAAAAGUAAUUAUUUACAAUUAAUUUGGUUUCUUUUUUAAAAAGAAUGAAUAUAGGCAAAAGAGUUUUAAAAAGACUUCAUCAAAGGACGAAGAAUGUAAUGUGUGAUUUCCUGUUCUGUAUUCCUGGUUGUGGAACAGGAAUAGUGGAUUAUGUGUAAUAAAGGGAGAGACAAUACUAAAAGGGGUGGUCUUUAUGGUGAGUUUAGCUAAAUUCUUGCUGCAGAGCCAAAGUAUUUCUUUUUCGUGGGAAUAUAAACAUGCACCAGUGUUCUGAUGUUCACGCUUCACCUUAACCUUGUACAAUGAAAAAAUACAAGGUGUGAGCCUUCAAUCUUUAUAUGCAAGUUGUUCUGAAAGUAAUACCUCGCAUUUAUUUUCAUCGAAACUACAACAGAUACAAAGAGCACAAUAACACUAUUUGAUAGAACAAAUUCUCAGCUGCAAAACACUAUUUUUUAACAGUCAUCACUCCUAGCUAUGCAUUUUCAUCAGUGAUGAACAAGAGCCUGCAUGCUGUGCUUGUAAAAACCUGCACCAGCUGAGGUGACCUAUUGUCACUGUUGCCACCACUAAAAAGCACCAUCCUCUGCCUCACUGUGCUCACAUCUACUGGUUGGUCUCCAGAAACAUUCACAAGCAUUGAUAAAUGUCAGUGGGUCCAUUUUUUCUGCAUGGAGGAAUUCAGUGACACACCUUUGCUUCAUCUGCACUUCCAUGCCCCUCUGCUGCCAUCUGUCACACAGCAACAAAAUGUGAUGGGAUAUUGGUGGGAAGGUUAACCUCUGCUGCCAUACCACCAGUAUCUGCCUCUGUCAUCAUGAAUCAACAUAAUAAAAUAGGAGGUGUUACUUUCAGAGCAUGCCUCUUACAAAUAAACAGGUCAAACAGCCUUGUAGGAACAUGCUCCUGAAAUGCAAGCUGAAGGAUCUCUGUCUUCAAAAGCCCAAAUAAAGGAGAGACAUAGAAAUACUGAUGCUGAGCAAAAAUGAUGUAUGAACAACCAACACAUAAUGAUUAAUCCCUGACACUUGUUUUAUACUGACUGUACAUAAAUGAAGACUGUUCAAUGCAGAUUCUAUUUUUGGAAAUUAAAUUUUAUUGUUAGAGAAAUUUAAUACACUGUAUGCCCUUAGUCUUUGUGUCAUUUACUAUGAAGGGAUAAGAGAAGCUGUUUUGAACUAAUAUUCAUCUACCAUUGAUAGAAAUUCUUCUACAUCAUCUGAAAUUCUGCCUGGCUCUUGUUUAUUCAGUUAAAAUAAAGAUGAUUUUUCUGGUUAGAAAACUA